AUGCCUGAAAGAAAUAUUUUCACUUGGAAUGCUAUUAUAAACACCUAUGUUAAAGAUCAAAACUUUGCUAAAGCAAGAUCGCUUUUUAAUGCUGCUCCCUUAAAGGAUUGUGUGACAUACAAUACAAUGCUGUCUGGUUAUGUCAAUUCUGAAGGAUUUCAGGAUCAAGCAGUUCGAUUAUUUGCUCAAAUGCAAUUUGCUGACAAAGUAUCUGAAUAUGCCUUGACUACCAUGCUUGGUUUAGUAACAAAGUUGAGUCUUUUGUCAUAUGGUAGGCAAUUGCAUUCAUAUAUGUUGAAGAGUGGGAAUAGUUUAAGUAGGUAUUCACUAAGUUCUUUGAUUGUUAUGUAUUCGAAAUGCGGGUGUUUCAGAGAUGCUUGGAGGGUCUUUGAUGGAUCUGAGGUUGGGUUUGUUGACACGGUUUCCAAGAAUACUAUGGUGGCAGCUUGUUUUAGAGAAGGUGAUGUGGAAAUGGCUCGGGAUGUGUUUUCAACUAGGCCACACUUGAAUGAUGAAGUUUCUUGGAACACAAUGAUUUCGGGUUUUGCCCAAAACGGGUAUGAAGAAGAGGCCAUCCGGUUGUUCAGGAGCAUGAUGGAGGAGGGAUUUAAAUGGAAUGAACACAGUUUUUCUAGCGUUGUAAGUGCUUGUUCUGGUGUGAAGAAUUUGAAACUUGGGAAGGAGAUUCACGCCUCGAUUUUGAAGGAAGGGAUGAGUUUGAAUCCAUUUCUUAGCAGUAGUUUCGUAAAUCUUUAUUGCAAGUGUGGUCUCUUAAAUUAUGCACAUUCUGUUUGUACAACGACUCAGAAAGGCAACCCUUUUGCUGUCACACCAUUAAUCGUAGGAUAUUCAGAAACGGGGAAUAUGUUAGAAGCAAGAAGGCUUUUUGACUCAUUGCCUGAUAAGAAUCAUGUAGUAUGGUCUGCUAUGAUAUCUGGAUACGUGAAAGCACAUCAAUGUGAAGAUGCUUUUCAGCUUUUCAGAGAGUUAAUGACACAGAAAACAACUGUUCCUGAUGAACUGAUUUUCAUAAACCUGCUUGGCGCAUGCGCCAUACAUGCAACCUUUAAUUACGGGCAGCAAAUACAUGCCUGUAUACUAAGAAUUGCCACCGCAAUGGAUGCUAAGUUGGCAAAUUCAUUGGUUGAUACAUACUCAAAAAGUGGAAAUGUAACAUAUGCACAGAGGGUUUUUCAAUUGUCUGUUGAUAGAGAUACUAUCCUGUACAAUAGUAUGAUAGCUGGUUAUGCUCUCCAUGGGUAUGAAAAUGAAGCUAUUCAGCUUUUCAGUCGGAUGACAGAGCAAGGUUUCCAACCUGAUGAAGUCACUUUCCUUGCCCUUCUAGCAGUUUGCAGGCACCGUGGAUUAGUAAAAAUAGGAGAAGAGUAUUUCUUUUCCAUGACCAAAGAUUACAAUAUAUCACCAGGAACUGAUCACUACGCAAGCAUGAUCGAUUUGUAUGGAAGGGCAAAUCAACUUGACAACGCUGUAAGCUUAAUGGAGACGUUGCCCAUGGAACCAGAUGCUGUAAUUCUGGGCACAUUCCUAAAUGCUUGCAAAAUGAACAGAAAUGCUGAACUUGCAAAAGCUGCAGAGGAUAAGCUAUUGCAAAUUGAAGGAGGGAACGGGUCUAGAUACGCGCAGUUGGCUGGUAUCUAUGCCUCGGAAGGGAAAUGGAAUGAGAUGGGGAGGGUAAUGAAGAUGAUGAGAGGAAGAGAAGCCAAGAAAACUGCGGGUUGCAGUUGGGUAUAUGUAGGAGACACAGUUCAUUCCUUUAUCUCUUGGGAUAAAUCUCACUCGGACAAUGAUGCAAUAUAUACUAUUUUAGGAUGUUUGAUCAAAGAAUUAACAAAGCUAUCAGCCACUAUAUUCUUAGAAGAAGAGCUCUGCUCAUAA